GCAACAAGAUUAGUUGGAGUAGCAAUAAAAGAAUAUGGCAAAGAAAUAAUAGCGGAAAGAAGUGAUGCAGUAAUAGGUCUAGAAGACCAUAUAGACAAAAUGAUUGCAGAAAUACUAGAAAUAGAAAGUGAUAUAGUAAUAGUAGCAAGAGAAUGGAGAAAAGUAAUAAAAAGAGCAGCAAUAACAGAAGGAAUCAAUAGAGUUAAAAUAGUUUUAGGGCAAAAAACUCAAGAUAUAAUAACAAGAAAAGAUGUUUUAGCAACUCAAAAGAAUAAGAACAAAUUAGAUAUAGAAAUAAUAGAUCAAACAAAUUCCUCAGAGAUAGUUGAUAGCUCAAAAGAAGAACAAGUUUUACUAGAAGAACAACUUUCAGUAAGCAAAGGAAACAAAAAAAGUGAUAACAUAAUAGAAAACAUCAAAGAAUUUCAAAAUAAAGAAACCUCUAGAUUAAACUCAAACCUAUAUUCAAAUACUUCAGAAGAAUUAGAAGAGGAUAUAAUACUAGCUGAGUCUGACUCAUCACUCGAGAAAAGUAUUUGGACCUCAAGUAAAGAUAAGUGCGAAGGAGAAAAGAUCAUAAGAGCGAAAGUAGCAGCUAUAAAG